GGAGUAUUAUGUGUUGUUGUUGACUCACCUUGAGCAGAAUAUUCAUUUUUCGUAGGGGGGUUUUGAAUUGGCAUUGAAAAGGUGAAACGGUGAUCGUAGUUGAAAAUUGGAAGAUGGUGAAUCGUCGACGCCUGACUCGGGUGGCGACGAGCGAUGACGAAGACGAAGCACCACGACCACAACCCACGCGCAAGAGGAUGAGGCUUCUUGAGGAAGAUAACGAUGACGACGAGAAUGAAGAGGAAGAAAAAGAUGAGGUACCGGAACCGCCUCCACCCUUGGAGGACGCUAAGCCUAUUGGCGAGCCUGUUAGGGUUUCGGGAAAAGGAAGGGGCAGGAAAAGGCACUAUGAUUCCUUCGAGUUCGAUGGCAUCCAAUAUACUCUCGAGGAUCCUGUUCUUCUUGUACCGGAGGACAAAGGCCAAAAGCCAUAUGUUGCAAUUAUUAAGGACAUUACACAGUCUAUCAGUGGCAACGUGAAAGUAACGGGACAAUGGUUUUAUCGCCCAGAAGAAGCUGAGAAAAAAGGUGGUGGAAACUGGCAAUCGUGUGAUACGAGGGAGCUAUUUUAUAGUUUUCAUCGUGAUGAUGUUCCUGCGGAGUCUGUUAUGCAUAAGUGUGUUGUGCAUUUUGUUCCCAGACACAAACAGCUUCCAAAACGUAAGGAUCACCCUGGUUUUAUUGUACAGAAGGUGUAUGACACUGUGGAAAGAAAGCUCUGGAGGCUGAGUGAUAAGGACUAUGAGGAUAUUAAGCAGCAAGAAAUUGAUGUGCUUGUUCAAAAGACUCUGGAACGUAUCGGUGAACUUCUUGACAUUGAGCCUAAGGAGGAAGCCCCUGAUUAUGACGAGGACCAGAUAAAGCAUAGAAGAAGCUUGAACAGAAAAAGUCUUUCACCUCCCAAUGCUUCAAAGGAAGAGGAGGAAACACCCAGGAGUGAACAGCAUCCAAAAUCAGAAACACCCAGGAGUGAACAGCAUCCAAAAUCAGAAACACCAGUGAGUUGUGUAACUAAUAAUGCCUCAGAGUAUUAUGGCAUAUUGGUAGAAUUCAACGCGCUAACUGGAGAUAGCCAUCGAGACAAAUGGUUGGAGAGGUUGCUUCAACGCAUUCAGUACGUGUGUGAUUGUAAUGCUAGCAAAGAAAGGGACAAAAGAUUGGGAAAUGGCAAUUCUGAUGAAAUCAACGGUGGAAGCAAGCAUAUAAGUUCAGAGUCACUAAACGACUGUCAAGAUAAGUUUCAGAAGAAUUCCAAGUCUUUUAUCUGGCCAGAUGCUGCUGUUUCAGCCAUAGUUUCUCUCGAAAAGGCUUCACAUGACGCUCUCUCAUCAGAUUUUAUGAAAUACAACCAAAAGUUGAGGCAAUUAGCUUUUAAUCUGCAGAAAAAUGCAGUGUUAGCAUGCCGUUUAUUAAGCGGAGAGUUGGAACCUUCAAAAAUAUUAAACAUGACACCCAAUGAAUUAAAGGAGGGUUUGGUUGCUGACAAAAGAACCAAGGAGAAAUCUGACGAGACCCAACACUUGCAAAUGACAGAUGGCCGCUGCCCAAAAUGCAUGGAAUGUAAGGUGGGGUUGAGAGAGAUUAUCCAUGCUGGAAAUAAUGAACGAUAUCAGUUGGAAUGCGUUUCAUGCGGUCAUUCCUGGUAUGCCUCUAGAGAUGAGGUGUCUAUGCCUAUCGUAGAUUCAUCUGAUUCAAAAAGAAACACAGGCACAGCGCCGUAGUCUGUUGCAGCCAAUGAAAUCUCUUACAAAACAAGUUAAUCGUAUAUCUCCAGAAAUUAUUUGGCAAGUUAGUCGUAUAAAGAUGACUGUAAACAUGUAUGUAUCUUGUACAGUGUUUAGUCACAUCAUAGCAAAAGAUUUUUUAUAAAUAGAUUUAGUUCUCCUA